AUGUCAGAAAAGACCCAGAAAGAUAUCUUCACGCUGUUCGACAAGCAAGCCAGAGGCAAGAUUUCGAAACAACAAUUGGGCGACUAUCUGCGUGCCAUUGGAUUCAAUCCCACCAAUGCCCUAGUGGAAGAAGUUGGUGCCGAUGCACCCGACGCUUUGACUCUUGAUGAGAUCACAACACUGGUGUCGAAACAUCGUGAAGCAUUAGACAAGACCACAAAGGCCCAAGUCGAGGAUUUCAUCAAAGCUUUCCAGGUUUUCGACAAGGAAAACGAGGGUAAAGUCUCUGUAGGUGAUAUUCGUUACAUGCUUACCGGUCUAGGGGAACGUCUAUCGGACGCAGAGGUCGAUGAGCUUCUCAAAGGUGUGGAGGUGGACGCUGAUGGCGGUGUAGACUACCGUAAGUUUAUUGAGGACAUUCUAAGGCAGUAG